UGGCAAGGAUGCACACUUGCUUGCAACCAGAAAAUUAUCCAACGUUUGUAUUUUCUCUGAUCAGUCAUAACUCUGAUUUGCCAAUUACAUUAUCUGAAGAAUUACUAUCGACCUCUACGACAACGACUUCACCAAUCAUGGACAUGGGGGGCAUGAACAUGAGCAUGGGCGGCAUGAGCGGCAUGGGCGGCAUGGGCAUGGACUCUGGCCACGGCCACAGCCACAGCCACAUGGGGUCCGGCCACGGCGCAGACUCCGCUCCCGCAUGCCGAAUCUCGAUGUUGCUCAACUUCAACACCAUUGACGCAUGUUUCCUCUCUCCGAACUGGCACAUUCGCUCCAAGGGAAUGUUCGCCGGUAGCAUCAUCGGUAUCUUUUUCCUCUGUGUCUUGAUUGAAUUGAUCAGGAGGUUGGGCAGGGAAUUUGAUCGAUGGCUUGUGAAAAGGGCGGGGGCAACCUCUUGUGGUGGGGAAGUGUCUAGCGUAGCUGAGUAUGGGAAGGAUGGUGGGCAAGGUGGUCUUCUGAACGUCAGAACCGCCGCCGCGCGAUAUGUUCCGUCUUGGCCUCACCAAAUCCUUCGUGGUUUCAUUUACGGCAGUCAGUUCACCGCGGCUUUCUUUGUUAUGCUGCUCGGGAUGUACUUCAAUGUAAUCGUCUUGAUAUUUAUCUUCUUGGGCCAGACUGUCGGCUACAUGCUGUUCGGCAGGGAUACUUGUGGCGGAGGAUUUGAUUAUGCUGCUCAGGGGCGCUGCUGUUAAGAGUAAACAUCUGUGCCAAAUGUUGAUAGACGAUCGUAUUUGAAUUCCCGAUAAUAUUUGGAAAACCUUAAUAAUAUUUGGACAAGAUUGUUAAUAUUUGAUAAUAUUGCGCGUCUUUUGGAGACGAGAAUUCAAGAGCUGGUGUAGUAAUGUGAUGUAAUGACCUGAAGUCAGCGAGGCAAAUCACUUC